AUGCUCAUAACAACCUAUCACCUUUGCGAGCAGCUGCCUCGAGCGGCCUUCGACGACUUCCCGGUCUGCCAAUCCGGCGUUGACACGCUUCUGGAAACUCAGGACGAGGACUCGCUAGAGUUCCGCGCUCAGGAGGAGCCGUUUGAAGUCGCGAUUCAGGAAGCUGUUAAAGAGGCAGAAGAGGAGGAAGCUGCAGAGGUGGCUGCAGCAGAGAACGGGGAUGCGCAGGAUCCUGCGCUCGUUGUCGUUGAAGAAAUGACUCUUGAUGACUCCUCAGGCGAAGAAGAGACUGAGGCUUCUCUAGAGGAGCAUACGUCUGGUGAGGUUCAGGCCACAGCGGACGAUGCUGCUGAUGCUGAUGAGAGAUUGAUGGAUGGACCGACAGAGGAGGACCAGCAGCAGGGUGGGGGACUUCAAGAUGAAGUUGCUGUGGCUGCAGCCUGA